CCGCGCUAACCGCUGUGCAUGUGUCACUGCCAUUUGAACAAGGAACACCAACGAUGCUGCGCAGGUUGAGGGGUUGGAGGCGAGAAAAGAGAAAAGGUGGUGGUGGUAGUGACAAGGAGGGAAAGGAGGAAGAAGAGGAUCCGCUGUUUGUGGAGCGGCAGGAUGGCGGGCCCAUCAACUGGGAGCUCUUGACCACGAUCCUGUCCCAACUGCAACAGCAACCAUACACCCCCAAGGAACAGCAGCAGGAGGACAUGGAAGAGGCUGAGCAAGCGGCAACACGAGACGGUGGUGUAACGGGGGAAGAAAAAACACAAGAGGAAAGCGACAAGGGCGGGCAGGGGAGCAGCAGCAGUGAACCGCAUGAUGCACAGCAGACGGUAGAAGGUGAGACAGCCAGCCCCGACGACGACACCAACCACAACAACAGCCUAAACGGCACCCAGAACGGCAGCGAGCAUGACAACGCGGCAAGCAGCAACGACGAUGACGCCACCACUGCCAAAAACAACACCACAAGCAGCAACGACGAUGACGCCACCACUGCCAAAAACAACACCACAAGCAACAACGACGAUGACGCCACCACUGCCACAAACAACGCUGCCAUGAGAAGUGGGGAUGACGAGAGCCAUCAAGGCGAUGGAUCCACCACCGCGGGUUCGCUGCCGUCCGUGGCAGAGCGAGGCGUCUCGCUGGAAUAUCUGUUCCAGUGGUGGAAGGAGCACAAGGACAAGCUGCCAGAGGACAUCACAACGCGGGAGGUCGUGGACAAGGUGAUUCGCCCCGCAACGGAAGACGCGAAGCAGUGCCUGUGGACGCAGGUGCCAGAAGACCACCGCAGCGUCCCCACGGCGGCCGUGUCACACACGUGGAACUACACCAUGGCGUUUCUGAUGGACAUGCUUCACGCGAGCAAGCACACCGGCCACGCGCCGCUGAGCGGGCACACGUACGUCUGGCUCGACAUCUUCGCGCUGGUGCAGCACGCGGACGGCACGAGCGUCCAGCGCGAGGAGAUUUCUCAGCUGGGCGCCGUCUUUGGCGAGAAGGUGCGCACUGUUAUCCAGGUGCUACCGCCAUCCAGGGGCAUCAUGAUGCGCAACUUUGGGCUGCGCCAGCGCAAGCGGGCGGGCGACCUCGGCGCAUUUGACCGCGCGUGGUGCAUCUUCGAGCUUGCGCGGGCGGUGGCCAGUGGGGCCACGUACCACGUGGCGUGCCCGGACAGCAACACAGACUACCAGACGCCGUUCAACUUUGCUGGCGCGUGGCAGCCGUAUGCGUCCGACGCGCUGUACCAGAGUGACAAGGAGAACAUCGACAGCCUGGUGCUGGAGGCGUUUGGCACGUGGAACACGCUCAAGGCCGUGGUGGUGAUGGUGAUGUUGAAAGCAAACAACGUGGGUCCCAUCUUCAGGUGGGACGCAAACGUGCCCACCAUGUAUGCCAAGUGGGAGGAUGCCUUUCUCGGGUCUGAGGAGACAUCGUGGUCUCGCUUUAUCCAAAUCUACAGAACAUUCUACCACGACGAGCUCCCCCGCGCAAGCUGA